AUGCAGGCCAAGUCUCCCAAAAGACCAAUAAAGAGCCGCUUUUCUAUAUCAAAAGCUAGCAAUAGUAGUUCCCAACAGGAAUCAAUGGGCAUUCAGAAUGAAAACAGAAAGGAUACUCUAAAAUUAAGGCCAAAAUUGAAGGAAAAUACCCAAAAUGUGAAUACAACUACUGACAUUAAACCAAAGAAGUCAAGAUUUACUAUUCAAAAGACAUCUACAAAAGUAAUUUUGCCAAUUAAUGAAAUUACUGAUGAUCUUAAUAUUAUUGAGGAACUCACAGAAGUUGAUCAUGAAUUACUAGAUUUCCAUACUAUGAAUUAUGAAAUUAAAUCAGAAUCAUCAGAUAUUUGCAAUUCAAAUAUUGUUAAUAGAGAUGAGGCCAAAUCCGAUCGCAAAUGCAAUAUCAGUAAUAGCGUGAUGCCAAUGGCCGGUAAGAUGCUCCUUUCAACCAUUUCGGAAAUUAUUGAUAAGAUAUUGAAAGGAGAAAGAGAACAAAGUAUCACAGUUUUAUCAGACCUUAUGAUAUUGGAUCAAUUCUUAUCUUUAUUUGUUAAUCUCACUAAUAAGCAAUUUAUCGAUGAGCAAAUUUCCAAAAUUUGCAAUUCAUUGAAAGAAUAUAUCUUGAAUGAAAAGGUAUACAUCUCAUUUAUGGAGAUGGUAUACAUAAAUGAUUCAUCCAAUCUCGAUAUAUCAAAUUUUGAUCGAGUUCUCCAAAUUUCAAACAUUUUUAUUGUUCAUUACAAGUGUUUUGAAUUGGUCACCACAAUUUGCCUUUGUUUUCAAUCAUCUAAGUAUCCAGUUAGAGACAAAUCAUUAGAAUUCAUGAUCAACUAUUUGAGAUCAUCAAACAGUAAUGACUUUAAGAAGAUCAUGAACUUAUUUGGAAAGAGAUUAUCUCUUAUUCCUUCAUUCGGAAUCAAUGAAAUGUUGAUGCUCUUUUCCUUUGUUUUCCAACAAAAAACUAAGUUUUCAAGUUGGAUUUCAACAAAAUUGAUGAACUGUAUUGCAUACAGUAUUUGCGUAUGCCACAAAGCUCCACAUUACCUCACAUUCAAGAAAGACUUGAUCAAAACGGAAAAGGUAAUAACAGAUUAUAACAACAUUUACAUGUUCUACUUCAGAAAAUCUGUUAUUGAUAAUUUUCCUCCAAUGGAUUGCUACAGAACAACAAUCUUCUUCGAUGAAUUGAACCAGUUGUUUACAUAUCAGACAAAAAUCGAAGAAAGCUUGUGGAAUAGAGUUAUUUCACAUUUACAGAGCCAUCAUCCACUUGUAGUCAUCCACACGAUUGACUUUAUCAACAAGACUUUCAAAUCCGGUCUUUCGGCCGGCUUUGAUUAUAAGAAUGUUUUUACAUUCCUUAAAAAUAACAUUGCAAAUCAUUGGAAUGAUGAUGUCAGAGAAAAAUCAGCUUGCCAUCUUUCAGAACUCGUCAAAGCAGGCGUUUAUGCAAGUGAAAGCACAAGUCCAAUUGCUUUAAAGAAUUGGAAGAGAAUCGCUUCAAUGUGCAACACUACAAUAGAAGUUCCUUUCAGGAAUGAAAUACCAGUUCCUGACAUCAUGACUGACAGGCAGUUAUUGAUUGAAACAAUCGCAUCAAUCAGAGACUCAAACUUUGAAGAAAAGCUUCAUAUAUCUCAUGAAAUCUUGACAAAGAACAACUUUAAUUCUGAACUCGUUCGUGUUGUUCAUUCAAUCGUUCCAAGAAUGAUAAGCUCUAAAAAUACAAGAGUAUUCGCUCAUGAAGUUGCUUCAUUAACAUUCUUCAAAGGAUCAUCCAUUCUCAGGAACACCGCUGACUUGCUUGUUGGAUUUCUCUUUGAUGGAUCUGAUUCUGAGAAACAUGAAGCUCGCCUUUGUUUGAAUCAAAUGUCUUCAACUGUUGAAGAAUAUAUCAUGAAGAUGAUUGUAUCAAGAGUCAGAAGGUCCAUUGUUGGCAACAUUGAUGAUGUUGCAAUCUAUCUUGCGGAUGUUAUUCAUGAUAAUCGCGGAAUUGUUAAUCCAGCAGAUUAUCUUUUGAUUCUUCAACAUUGCGAUUCUACAAAUAACUCUAUCGCUUCUGCUUUAAGAGUUAUUGAAUCACAUGUAACGCAUGACUAA